AUGAUCUCCCCUCCCCCGGCCCCAAAACUCUCGCGCUCCUGGAGCACACCCGUCCUCCACAGCACCACCACCACCACCACCCAACCCCUCCAAGCCACCACCGACCUCGAGACAUACACCUACACCGACCCCCACCAGCGCACCAUCCUCCGCUCCCUAUCGACCACGUACUCAGACCGCAACAGCAGCACCGUCGGCUUCGCCCCCAAGUACCGCGAGAUCCGGCGCAACGGCGCCAUCAUAGCCUUCGUCGACGCCGCGCGCGCCUUCGACCAGGAGCUUCUGGCGCUGCGCUUCGUGCUCGCGGGCCCUCGCGCCGUGGACUACCUGGCGCCCGCCGACGUAGCGAGGGCGGAGACCGGCCUGCGCCGCGCGAACGCGGUCCUCGCGCGCGGCGGGUGGGUAGUUAGGAGGUGCGAGGACCUUUGGGCCGCGCAGUAUGCGUGUGAGAGUCUUGGCGAGGUGAUUCGUGAUAGAGAACUCCUCGCAGACGUAGACAUCGGCAAGCAAGACGCAGAGCUAGCAUGCCACCGCUUCUGGCAGCAAGCGAAGGAGCGCUUCAUACCGCUCAUCUGGAUCCUGGACAAGGAGGCCAAGCGCAUGAAGCGCGUCGUAUCGCGCCUCGAGCGGAACCGCGAGCCGCCGUUCCUGCGCGAGCUGCGCCGGAAGAAGGUGCGUUCACCUCUUCCUGCUCCUAUUCCCGCCGAGUCCGCGAGCACGUCAACUAACACCUUGUCCUCCUCCUCCUCCUCCUCCUCCACCACCUCCUGCAGCGUGCCUCACUAUCAAAUGCGAGGCGCUCUCCCCGUCGUCGCCGCCGCCGCCGACGCCAAGACGACAACUCGGCUCAACAAGCUCCGGGCUCAGCUCGCCAAGUCUAAGACGCGCAACGCGCUCGGGAUCGACUUCGCGUAUCUCGCGCUCAAGGCCCGGUACCGAGUUCUCGAGACGCGCGACAAGAUGAGGGGCGGAAGGGACCCGGCGGCAUCGCGGGCUAUGUGGCUCGCGUUUCGGGAGGCCUUGCGGAAGCACCCGGGGCCUCCUUCUUGCGACUUGAUUUGCCUGGAAAUCAAGACAGAUACUAUGGUUCUUCUCGCGGGACGUCGAAUAGGAGGUGACGAAACUCAGGUUGACUGAGCCGGUUUCGGAAACCACAGAUGAACAAGUCGUCGCGAGCUUCGGUAAUAGUAUAUGAUUAGUUGAUACUCUGGUAUAUAAACUGUCAGCUAAGGUGACGGGAGUACGAUGGUGCGUAGUCAUCUCGGCAAAUUCAUCGAAAUUCCACAAACCCAUAACUCGUGAGACUACGUUCUCUUACAGGAUGAUUUCUUACAAUACCAUGUCACGUCAUCUAAAUUGGC